AUGGCCGCCGUCGGCAGCACCAUUCCUCAUCCGCUGAAGCUGCUGUUGCUGAUGGUGGUGGUUGUCACCUGUAUGGCCGGCGAGUACUGUGACGACUUCGAGAGCGACGACUUCGGCACGUUCUGGACGCAGGGCGCGCUGGACAGCGGCGGCAAGUGGCAGCCGGCCAGCUACCAGGAGCUGCAGCAGACCAUCGCCGACUUCCCGGCCCCUGCCAGCGGCGACACGGUCGUCUACCUGACGCCGCUGGCCGGCGGCUACAUGAGCGCGCGUCUGCAGAUGACGGCCGGCUACCUGUUUCCGGAGGGCUCGACGCUGUCGUUCCGGUACUGGCUGCGCUCGCAGUGGCGCGGCUCGGGCACGCUGGAGGUGCACCGCGUGCUCGGCUCCCAGGAGGAGGCCGAGCCGAUCCUGUCGCUCACCGAGUUCUCCGGACCGGACAACACCCAGUGGAUGGAGGCCAACGUCACUGUGCCCACCAGCUCCAGCACGUUCAAGCUCCUGAUUUUCGGUGCAUGUGGAACGGGAGAACUGAACAAUAUCGCCAUAGACGACAUCAAGGUGUGUGGUCCGGCCGGACUGGACCAGAAGUGCAUCCCCCUGACGACAACAUCGACCGAGGCGUCCACCACGACGGCCACGACGGAGCCCAGCAGUGUCCAGACCACGGCCCAGUCGGAGUCGACGCCCAGCGGCGGACCGACCGCGGCGACCACCGCAGGCAGCCCCGGAACAGACCCGACAGCAUCAGAUCGGCCCACCUCGCCAGAGGGACCGACGUCGGCUGAACCCGUCACAACACCGACAUCGGGCCCCACAGUCUCAACUAGCCGGUCACCCACCGGUCGCCCGCCGACGGCUGCGCCUCCCACGGCGCCGGCGCCGGCCGACGGGUCGCGGCUGGGCCCGUCCGGCCUGCUGUGGGCCGUGCUGGCCGUGCUGGCCGCCUCUGUGGCGCUGCUGCUGCUGCUGGCGCUCGGUCGGCGGCGCAACAGCGCGCGCUCCGACCGGCUGCCCUUGGUGCGGCAGCCGAGCAGCUCCGGUUCCGGCAGCUCCGGCUCCGGCAGCUCCGGAUGGUUCGACUAUCUCCACAGCGAUCCGUGGAGGCAGGCUCAUGAUAAGAUGGCACAGCUGCGGUACUAG